AAUCUGCCAUUUUUAGCCAUAUGAGCCUAUAAUAUGCAUAUGAAAUUGACCAAAUCUUUCACUAUAUAAAACUAAAAGAAAUUAUUAAGAUCCUUGUGAAAAGUGCUCUGGCGGCAAUGACGUCACAAGCCACAGCACAGCCCCAUGAUCAAUACCAUUAGAUCGGAGGAUGUGGUUCAUUAUUAAUUUUCUGAACGACACAGGGUGUAGUGUCACAAUGCCCGGGAUGAUUAUAUUUUGGCUGUUAUUUGUAUUAAUAGAUGAAUGUAUGAAUCAGAUCACGUAUCCUGAUCGUCAAAUCAUACAACCCGCGGGUAGAACCGCCAGGAUAAAAUGCACUGUGGAUAAGUCGACACUUCAGUCGAAUGCCAUCCACGUGUACAGAACUAAAUCAGGAGCAGGUCUCGAGAGAAUCAUGCAUUUCGGGGCAGGAGAGACAAAAGGCAAAAACGAUGCCGGUUUUGAUCGCAGAUUCACUGGAUCAGUAACUGUAAGCCGAGGUCUAGUGACCCUGGCCAUCUCACCCCUCAAGUCUGACGAUGCGGGGAUGUAUUACUGUGCGCUCUGGAGUUCAGGCAACUGGAUCAAACACUUUGGAUCUGGAACACGACUGAUAGUUAACGACAAAACGACUGUGGAGCCAGAUCUAACGGCAUAUUCACCGUCAGAAAAACAUGAUAAAAAAAGUACUAUGUUAUGUCAAGCCAGCGGUAUGUUUCCUGACCUUGUGAAAUUCUCAUGGAAAACGGAGAGCUCGUCAGGAAAUUGGAACGAAGUGCCAAAUGAACAUGUUGUAGAACAGAGGGAUGAAAAGAACAACGAAAUUUUCGUGACAAGUAUGGUGAUUGUGGAUAAAGACACGGCCAAAAAUAACAAUUACCAAUGUAUUGUUGAACAUGAGGGAAACAAAAAGACAACCAAAACAGCUAUAGUAAAACGAGAUAAAGACGAAAGUUCAGAGAAAAAACCUGAGGAUGACACUCCGAAUCCAACAUGUCCACCCAGCGAGAACACAAAACAGAAUUUAGAAAGCUUGGAUCAAACACCCAGUUUCUAUCUGUUUGUCUAUGCAUAUGGUAUAAUGCUCAUGAAGAACGGAGUAUAUUUUGCAGCUGUAUGUAUAUUUCUACUCAAGAGAAAGGCUGGAAAGAAAGAUGAAAGCUCUCAAAAGCCAAGUAAAUGAAAGAAAAAACAUCAAGCAAAAAUAAUUACUGGUAUUUUAUUACUUUCAUGAAAAUGAUGCAUAUUAUUUUCUAUACAUUUUGUCAUCUUUCUUUAAUUAUUUUUGUCUUUCAUAGUGUUGCUCAUAUUUGUUUAUACAGUACUCUGUCACUUUUGGAUAAUUGCUUGGAUUAUUCAACAUUAUUUUAUCCAACAGCUUUUGAAAAUAGUUAUUUUAAAUAGCAGUCUUUAAAAUAGGCAAUGAAAUAUUGGGAUUUUAAGAAUUGAUGCAUUCUUGCGAAAUCUGCGUUUUUGCUUUUUGUUUGCAAUGUUUUCUUAUUUUUAGUCCUUCUGCUGAAACUUUCCUCUGACUCACAAAAUAAAACCUGAUAAAGUAAAUAAAAUAAAGUCUGAUAAUUAUUUUUGCAUAUAUAACAUUUACUAAACAUUUUAAAAUCAUAUUUAUGUUUAAAAACCAACAAAUGUUUUUGAAAAAUUACGCUUAAUGAACCUGAUAAAUGACAGGUUAAUACAAAGUGUUUGAGAGAUUACCUUGAAGUGAAAUUGAAAUAAAUACUAGUUACAUAGUUACUAGCUAGUUAGUAAGUUGUUUUUAGGAAACAAUGCAUUAAUUAAUUACAUAGCAUGUAUUAAAGUAGCACAAAAAGUCACAUUAAGUAAAACAGAAAUAGUAUUGGUCAAAU